AUGGCGAAGGGACCCACUUGCAGAGAGUAAAUUGAAAUAAAAAUCUAGUAUUUACCCAAUUCAUUAUCAUGCGUACCUGUUAGAUCCUCCCAGUGUUGUGUUCGAAGAUUGCCAUGGUUGUUUUGCCUGUUUCCUAAUUUAAGCUGUCCAACAACAAUUCCAGGAACGAUGAAGAAGACGAACGCUUUGUCGGUCUCAACCACACGCACUUACAGUUCUCUCUACUUCAAUCCUCUGAACCACCCCAGCCACUGCCGAAGCUCCAGCACUGACUGUGUCAGAAAAUCUCAGUUUGAAUUUGAAGAUGAACACCCCGACAAGGAAAACCACAAUGUCAAUGUCAACAAGCCCAAGCCUUUCAGGUCUCUCUCCACUGACAGAAUCUUGAAGCCCUCCUCGCUUGAAUUCUGCAUGCAGAUGAACCACUUUCAAACCUCCCUCAACAUCUGGGACUACUCUGAUUCUGAGUCUGCUCCUGCUUCCUCCUGGUCCACACUGCCCAACAAGUCCUUGAUCUGUAGACCCUUGCCCUUAGAUGUUGGAAGGUGCACAUGUUUUAUUCUCAAGGAGCAAACGCCACAUGGACUGUCAGGGGGCACUUUCUUCUCUCUUUAUACCAAUGAAGGCCAGGGACGGCAGAACAGGAAACUGGCCGUGGCCCACCACAAACGGCGGAAUGGGAGGUCUUACUUCACCGUAGCUCAGAGUGUAAAAGGAUUACUCUCCCAUUCUGAUGAUACUUUUCUUGGCACAGUAACAGCUAACCUCAUAGGCUCAAAAUACUACAUUUGGGAUCAGGCGUAUCGUCGUAAUUCCGGCGGUAAACAACCAAAGCCACCUCUUGCUGUUGUGACCUAUAUACCCACCAUAACAACGUGUACAGGAAGUCACAGAAGCAUGAGAGCAUAUGUACCCAAGCAUCAAUGCAUGCCACUCAAGAACACAAACCAGGUACAGCAUAUAAAGGGAUUGCCAAUGAAUUGGGACGGAAAGCUGGACAAAGUCCAUCAACUGUUCUCAAAGGCCCCACUUUACAACAAGAUUUCAAAACAAUAUGAGCUUGACUUCAGAGAUAAAGGAAAGGCAGGACUCAAAAUCCAAAGAUCAGUUAAAAAUUUCCAGCUAACUUUAGAGGAGAAUGGGAGUCAGACGAUACUGCAGCUGGGGAGGGCAGGAAAAUCAAAAUUCGUCAUGGACUACAGGUACCCUUUGACAGGUUACCAGGCGUUUUGCAUGUGUUUAGCUUCCAUGGAUGCAAAGCUCUGUUGCACAGUGUAAUGGGGAAUUUCUGUUACCAAACUUGGUUCAAUCUCUGAACUGCUACGCAAACAAACACAAGUAGUUAACAGACCGUGUCAGAUGGUGUCGUUUUCGAAGGAAAUUGAAUAUUUUGCCGGAUUUGUUGUGUAUUUGGUGUCUCCAAGAUUCAACUCGGAAGACAAAGAUACCAAGUCAUCAAAUCUCCCAACAAAAGAUUCCAAUUUAUAAAUCGUUGUAGUCCCACUUUCAAGUGUUCUGAA